AUGCUCUACUAUUCACAUCAAUGGGAAAAGACAGCAAAAGACUAUCGGAAACUUCUAACAGUUACAUCACCUCUAACUGAUGAUGAUAUGGUAUUGUGUGAUUUAUUUGUUCGAUAUAAUGAAAAGAUCCAUGGCAAACGUCCACCCAAUACAAAUGAGUUUGUAAUUAAUUCGACGAAUAAUCGAGAAGGUAUUACUAUUAGUCGAGAUGAGUUUUUUCAACAUGAAAAAGACAAACAAAUAUCAUCUAUAUAUCAAGUGGCUAUGUCAUUAUCUUUUAAUGAUGACAUUUUCAUUGGAUUGGAACAUAUUUGUACUCAAGGUCCACCAUGGUUAGCGGAUUAUGUAAUUGAAAAUUUAAUUGCCAUUCAACAAGAAAAAUUCAAACAAACAUUUCAAUUAUCAUAUUCAUGCAUUAAAUUUGAAACUGAUAAUUAUCGUUUAUUUCCAGACAUACCCGAAAUUCCUACAAAACGAGUUCUUCAUUUCAUCAAUGAUUCGAUUGAUUUAUAUUCAAUGCAACUUGUCUGUAAACAAUGGUAUACAGUUUUACGUGAUGAAAUAUUUUGGCAAGAUUUAUAUAUUUCACGUUAUGGAGCAUAUUCUGGUGAAAUUAAUAAUAUUCAAAGCUGGAAAAUGUUAUAUCUUUUGAGACUCGAAAGAAAUUUUGAGAAUGAUAAUAACAAAUUAGAUCAAUUAGUGAAUGUUACAAUAAAAUUAAGACAAUAUACAGCAAAUGAUAUUUUACAGUUAUGGGAAGAUUUAACACAUCAAAACCGAUCGAUUGAACUAGUUCUCAUGUCAAAAAUUAACAACAUUCUAUCAAAUUCAUUUUAUUAUCAAAUAGACAAAAUAUCAGAUUAUUAUGAUGUUGAAUUGAUUAUAAUUGGAUUAGAAUAUGAAUGUUCUCGAUCGAAAGUACAUUUAAAAUUACAUGUAGGAGAAUACGGUAGUUCUCGUUUUGCUGAUCAUAUGGAACAAUUGUCUGUUCAAUAUGAAUCGGCUACUAAUCAACAGCGUUCAGUGACAUUUCUAGGUCCAGAAUUAUUCGGAUACGAUAUAGGAAAAUGGGGUUAUUUAUUUACAGGAUCGACAUAUCUUGGACCAAGUUCAAGUACUGUAUCUGCCCAAUAUCCAUCAGGUCUUCUCAUCUGUUUAUUCAUUAUGAUGGUCCAUCCUGAUCAUCGAGCACAAUUCAUCAAAUAUCUAAAAAAUCUUGAGAGUCGUUGCUUAAGAUCAAUUCCAUUUAUAGAAUAUUAA